CCUUGCCUGAGUAGCGUUUAGAGCCCACUACUGCGGAGCUCCGAAAAUAGCACGCACUGCGGCCAAAUCUAUGGUAACCUGGUUGAGUGGCAUGAGGAGGAACGAGGGAAACCACCAUCUAAGGUAGUUUGUUGGUGGAAUUUGCGCGAAUUUCCGCGGUCGUAUAUAGUACUAUAUACAAACGAGUUUCCUGGCUCGAAGAGGAAUAAGCUGCCAUCGCCAUGUCAGCUCGGUGCUGUCGUCCCGCCGUGCGACAAAGUUUCUCUCAUCGCUCAUCCGUGCGACAAAGUUUCUCUCAUCGCUCAUCCGUGCGACAACGUCCCUCCCGUUGCUCUCCUCGCGUCCCGCUCGUCCUUAUCCUCGCCGCGCUUCUACUCGCGUCGCCCUACCCUGACGGGCCUGUUCGCGCCGCUUUCGCGCGUCCGACCGCGUGGGCGAUUAAGUCUAGUUCCGAGGCGAAUAAGGCUUGGCUCGAGGCGAAUCAGCCUACUUCUGAGGCGAAUGCGUCUAGUCCUCCGGCGAAAACGACUAAAUCUGGAGCGUAUAAGUCUAGUCCUGGCCCGAAUAAAUCUACUUCUCAGGCGAAUGAGUGGGCGUUUCUAUUUCGGACCCGGUGGGCGGAUAAUUUUCGCCCGGUUCGCGUGCGCGUGCCGCUGCCGAAGCUGAUCGGCGGGCUGGAGGACAAGAAGAACCGACUCGCCAAGACGGAACGCAGGUACUUGGGCCAGGCCACAGGACCCGAGAGCAUAGCGUGGGACCCGAGGGGGGGCGGGCCGUACGUGAGUGUGAGCGACGGGCGAAUAUUGAGGCGCAAGGCGGACGACAGCGACUGGGAGGCGUUCACACAUGCCUCGCCGCACAGAACCUCGGCGUUGUGUGACUCGCGCACCCCGAAAUUGGCACUAGAGGCCAAAUGCGGCCGACCAUUGGGCAUGGCUUUCCACCCCACCACCGGGGACCUCUAUUUCGCAGACGCUUACUAUGGGCUCUUCAAGGUGAGCAGCGCUGGCGGUCCGGCGACGAAGCUGGUGGACGUGGUGGAUGGGGAGCGCAUGAUGAUGUGCAACGACCUGGACAUCGAUGCUGCUGCCAAUGCUGUCUACUUCACCGACUCCAGCUCCCGAUGGGCCCGCAGGGACUUCCUCCCUCUCCUUCUAGAGGGGCGCAAGGACGGGCGGCUGAUGAAAUACGACAUCGGCACGGGGAGGACCACCGUACUUGUCGACAAGGUCGCAUUCGCCAACGGGGUGGCUUUAUCUCGGGACAAGAAGUUUGUUGUGUUCUGCGAAACAACCUACCUCAGGUGCCACCGGUACUGGAUCCGAGGGCCGAAGACCGGAAAGAAGGAGGUGUUUGUGAAUCUGCCCGGGUACCCUGACAACCUCAGCCUCAACCCCAGGGGCAGGUUCUGGAUCGCACUUAACUCGCGGAAUUCCCUUUUCACAGCAUUGCUUAUGAGGACUCCAGAUAUUCGUGGGGCACUGUUGAGACAACGUUUUGGGUACACUAUUGCGAAGGGCACUUCGGAACAGCUAGCAAGUGGAAUUUUAGUUGAAGUGGAUGAAAAUGGGAAGAUAACCGAUGUUUUAGAGGACAAGAAAGGCGAGAGAAUAAAUCAGCUUAGUGAGGUAGUAGAAAGGGAUGGAAAACUAUGGCUAGGGUCCGUUGUUAACGACUUCGUUGGAAUAGUAGAUUAUAGUAUAAGGUAACUAAUUAAUUGUCAGGUCCUUG